ACAUGCGUAUUAUCCACUCGUUCCUCUCAUCGUUGAUCCACUCUCCAUUCUCGUAAUAUCUCGUGGCGACGAUAGAACGAGUGGUUGUUUGGUUAUUCGAUUACUAUUAAAAAAAUUAUUGAAAAUGUCUGGAAAAUCUAAGGCAUUUACCAAAGAAGAGGAAUUACUCCUACAAGAUUUCUCCAGAAACGUCUCGACGAAAUCUUCAGCACUGUUCUACGGCAAUGCUUUUAUCGUUUCGGCUAUACCCAUCUGGCUCUUUUGGAGAAUACACUUGAUCGAUCUGUAUUCCAAUUUUAUUUCUUUUAUAUUGGUUACAUUGGCAAGCACAUAUGCUCUUGCACUAGCAUAUAAAAACACCAAGUUUAUCCUCAAGCAUAAGAUCGCUGUAAAAAGGGAAGAUGCUGUAACAAAGGAAAUAAGUCGCAAGCUUGCAGAAGACAAGAAGAUGAGUAAGAAGGAAAAGGAUGAAAGGAUUUUAUGGAAGAAGAAUGAAGUAGCUGAUUACGAAGCAACAACAUUCUCCAUUUUCUACAACAACGCUCUUUUCUUGGCAUUCGUUAUCGUAUCUUCCUUUUAUAUUUUGAAAACAUUUACACCCGCAAUUAAUUAUAUACUCUCCGUAGGAGCUACUAGCGCGCUUUUAGCAUUAUUGUCAACGGGAUCUCAAUAAUGUAUAUUAAGUGUGCUCUGUUAACUAAUUUCAUGGAAAACUCAGAUUUUUUUUAUACGAACAAUCAUAGGCAAUAAAUAUAUUUGUAUUUAUGAUUA